AUGAUUAAUGACAAUAUUUAUAAGAAUAUUCAUAGUAUGGCUUCGGCCACUGGCUCAACAGCCACAACUAUUCCUCACAAUGCUAAUCCUGCAGAUGAUGUGAACAACACUGAUCCUAAUUUGAAAAGAAUUUCUCAGUUUAUACUUUUAGGAGCAACAGAAGCAAGAGGGAAUAGAAAUCAUAAUUUACACGAUGGUAAAAGUGAACUUUCAUAUGAAUCAUCGUUGGAUAUUAUGUCUGUGCAAAAUAAUGAAGAAUUAAAAGAUGAAUUUGAUGAAUUUAUUGAGAUUCCAACCUUGGUGUCCGAUAAUGAAUCAGAAGAAAUUGAAUCGAUUGCCACUAAAACUUCAGCACCACAUUGGAAACCACAAAUAUCAUUACAACCAACACCAACUACUAGUCAAAGUGGUAGUAAUAGAGAAGGUAUCGAAGGUUCAAGAUUUAGUACGCAAUCAUCAAAUAUUCAUCAACAUCAGCCAGUGGUCCAUCAACAUACCUCUACCCAGAGGGAAAACAUUAAAAGAGAAAUUCUUGCCACCAGAAAAAAUAACCAACAAGCAACUAUUACUGUUGAUGAUGUUAAACAAUCUAUCAAUUCUGCAACAACAACAAAAACAAAAGCUUCCAAAAAGUCUUCAUUAGGAUGUUCUCAAGAACAAUUCAAUCUUGAACGAACUAAAGUCAUGACCAUUGUUAUUAAAUAUGUCACUGCAAAAAUUCAUAAUUCUUUCCCACCAGAUUCAAGUAGAAAUGUUAAACAAAAUGAAUUACCAUUGGAUAAAUUCUUGUUAAUAUUAACAAGCAGAUUAAGAUUAACUUUACCAGUGUUUUUAAAAUCUAUUAUUUAUUUAUUUAGAUAUAUGGAUAUAAUUUAUUUAUUACGAUACUUGAAUCAAACCAAUAAUUUUGUCAAUUAUAAUGAUAUGGGGUUUGAAUUAAAGAAAUUAAUUGUGGGAUGUUUUAAACUUGCAAUUAUAAAAGAGAAUAGAAUUAAUAAAAAUAAAUAUGUUUUGAAUUGGGAACAAAUUACUGGAUUGAAAAAUCAAGAAAUUAAUUCUAUUGUGAAAACUUUAGUUGGAAGAAUGAAUGGGAAAUUAAAUAUUAAAGAUAUUGAAGUUGCUAAUAUGAAGAAUGAAAUGUUUAGAUUUGUUAAAAUGAUAUCUACACAAGUUUAG